AUGGCACCUGCCAGUUUGGUUUUUGCCUGGUUACUGUUCACCAUGAGGAUGGUCACCUCAACGGUGUCUCUGGAGCCAGAGGAGGAGGAGCUCAAUGAAACUGUCAUUUGUACCAACGACCAUAUGGAGGUUGUUAUUCCAAGUGCCUUUUUCCUCAACAAAGUGCCUCCAGUUUAUGGCUCAGAUGAUACACACAUCAUGUUCAUAAACACCAUACACAACAACGAUUCAGAUGUUAUAACGAGAAACUAUGUCAACAUAACAUUUGUGUGCCGCUACCCUAUCAACUACCUGGUCCAACAACCCAACGGGGAAAACAUGAUUAGAGUUGACGUCAGAACCAUCACUCUGAACACAGAGGAUGGAAACUUUUCGGUGUCGAUGUUACUGUACAAAGAUGACGCCUUUAAAGACAAAUGGACCACUGUGCCGUCACUGACGCUGGAUGAUGACAUCUUUGUAAAAGUUUUUAUGAUACCGGCUCAACUGAUGCUGCGUAUGGAGAGAUGCUGGGCUACACCAACCAGUGAUCCAUACAGCAAUAUUCAGUACACCUUCAUCCGAGACAGCUGCCCAGUGUUGUUAAAUGAACAGACUCUGAGUGUGCUGAAGAAUGGCCAGGGCCCAGAGGCCAUGUUCAGGAUACAAAUGUUCAAGUUUGUCGGCAGCUCUUACACCAACGUCUUUCUCCAUUGCAACGUCCAGAUCUGCCACAACACCCCGGGGCUGUGUAUGCCUAACUGUUCCGGUGAAGGUGAAGAUGAUUUAGUCAGGAUACGGAGAGACAUCCCUCUGUCUCAUACAGUGUCUUAUGGACCAAUUAGACGACUACUAAACAAUAGUGAAAAGCCCAAUCUGAAUGCAGGCGGAGUCCCUCCUGUGGAGACCUUUGUCCUCGGAGGGCUGCUGGUUGUCUUGCUGCUGAUCACUGGAGUGUUUGGGAGGCUGUGGCUUCGCUCCAGACGUUUCUACCCAGCGCGGGAGGCGCAGCUCACCCUGUCCAAUAUUCACCACAUCUCAGAGGUGGCCUCAUGA